AUGGGCGUAGACUGGACUGCAGCCAAGCAGAAGCUUGAAUGUCCUCGCGACAAUGAUGCUCAUUAUGAGAACACCACCUGGUGUAAUCGAGACCUGAUCCCGAUUCCACCGGCGAGGCGAACGUUCGGAGUCUUGUCAUAUCUCGGUUACUGGACCGUGUCCGGAUCCAACAUCUCAGCAUGGUCAACGGGGAGCACUCUCCUGGCGUUUGGGCUCAGCCCUCAGCAAGCCAUUGGUACCGUGAUUGUCGGCGGCUUCAUGACGGGAUUGCUUGCCGUGGCCUGUGGCUGGAUGGGCGAACUCCAUCACAUAGGAUUCACAGUCUGCAGCCGGUUCUCUUGGGGAAUGCGUGGCUCUUACUUUCCGGUCAUCAUCCGCGUGUUUGUCGGUAGCAUCUGGUUCGGCCUGCAGGCGUUCUGGGGCGGUCAGGCCACGAGGGUCGCAAUUGGGGCCUUGAUCCCGGGCUUUGCGCAUCUUCCCAACUCCUUUGACCCAAACUCUCACCUACAAACGAACGACUUUAUUGGGCUGAUCGUUUGGAUGUGCUUGUUUGUGCCUGGCGUUCUUAUUCGGCCAGAGAAGCUGCAGACUGGCUUUGUGAUUUGUUUCGUCCUUUUCUGCUGCUCCUGCUUUGGGCUUCUUAUCUGGGCUGUAUCUCAGGUUCGCGGUCCCGGUACAAUGUUCCAAGAAGAUGGCACUGCGCCAAACAUCGGAUGGGCAUUCAUGUACGGAAUCACAUCCAUCUUGGGCGCCUGGGGUGGCGGUACCCUUGGUCAGUCAGAUUGGACGAGGUAUGCCAGUCGCAGAUACGCGCCGACCGCGUCUCAGCUUUUCGCAAGCCCCAUAACCAUCUCCGUGACCGCAAUCAUUGGCAUCGUCGUCACCAGCGCUUCGCAUGAUCUACUGGGAGGAGCGCUUCAGUGGAACCCCAUCCACCUCCUGGCCAAGAUCCAGGACCACUACGAGUCAUCAUCCGGAGCCCGCGCAGGAGUCUUCUUUGCCAGCACCGGGCUGGUAUGCUCACAACUCUCGAUCUCGCUGGUACUGAAUGCCAUGAGCUGUGGCAUGGAUAUGGCUGGCCUAUGGCCCAAGUAUAUCAAUAUCAGACGAGGUGCAUACAUCAUGCUCAUCUAG